CAGUGUGCUGCGGAGGUAAUUAUAUUGGGCUUCAUGAAGGGUACAUUAGGUGCUUGGAGCUCAAAACUGAUUAUCAUAUUGGUCAGAUUUGCCUAAAGUUUCUUGAAAGUCAAUACAAGCUGCACUCAGAUUCCAGUUCACUAUCCUUGGCCUUUCAAGAGUAUUGCAAGGAAAUAAAGACUUCGUGGAACAUGUGGAUUGCUAUAUAUAAUUUGGUUCAAGGUCUAACUGCUGUUUUGAAUGAGGAAUUUAUUGACGCAGAAGACUCACUUGUGCAAGCUUGCUCGUUAGCUGGUGGCGAUAGUUGCCUUUUUCUCAGCCAUGGUGCUAUUUGCAUGGAGAUUGCCAGACAACAGUCCGAUUCAGAGUUUCUAUCACUUGCUAUUAGAAGUCUGAAGGAAGCAAAAGAUAGUUCUUCGAUGUCGUUACCCUUUGUCUCACUACUACUGGCGAAAGCAGAAGCUAGCCUCGGCUCUGAAUCAAAGUGGGAAACAAACCUCAUUGAGGAAUGGUCAUCUUGGCCAUUAGUGACUUCUCAUAGGUCAUUAACAUUAAAUCUGAAGAUCGAAUUGUCGCAAUUCACACAUGUUAGAGGGAUUGUUAAAAGAAUUGGCUCAGGUAUAGAUAAACAGUUUGACAAGCCCUCAUAGUAGACGAGGUCAGCAUUCAGCUAAGGAUCGGUAAGACUCCAUCUCAUUCGGAGUGCAACCGAGUUUUAUGAGUCAUUGUGUCAGAAUUUUUCUACAGACUUAUGGGUAGGCCGGUACCCUAUCCCAUUUUAUGUCAAAUAAUCUUAGAGGCUUUGUAGAC